AUGGGCGUUAUGUACGCUGCAUGUCCAUUCGACAAGUGGGGUAUCGACAUAGUCGGGAAGCUGCCCACGGCACCAGGGGGCAAAUGCUUUCUGCUUGUAGCGGUGGACUACUUCUCUAAGUGGGUCGAGGCUGAGGUUGUGGGGAAAAUCGAUGAGGUGACUGUGGAGCGCUUCAUUUGGCGGAAUAUAUGUUGCAGAUUUGGGGUCCCAAGGAUCAUCGUUUCUGACAACGGAACCCAGUUUACAGGGCAGAGGAUCGCGGAUUUUUGUGAUCGGAUGGAUAUCACUCAAAGAUUUGUCUCGGUAGCUCAUCCGCAAGCAAAUGGCCAAGUGGAGUUGGCCAACAGGACAAUAUGCGAAGGGAUCAAGAAGAGGCUGACUCAGAGCAAAGGCAAAUGGGUUGAGGAGCUGGAUACUGUACUUUGGGCCUACAGUACUAGCCCAAAGACAGCCACGGGUGAAGCACCAUUUACUCUGGUGUAUGGAUCUAAUGCGGUAAUACCAGCGGAGGCAAGAUUGGAAUCAUAUCGGAUAACAACCUACGACACUGAGCACAAUGCUGAACUUCGCCGAGCAGAGCUAGAUUUGGUGGAAGCACAGAGGGAUGAAGCCCGGGUCAGAGCAGCAAAAUACAAAGGCAUUAUCAAGGCAGGGUAUGACAAGCAGGUCAGAGCACGGAAAUUGUCAAAGGGAGAUCUAGUCCUCAAAAGAGCGGAUGCAUUGAAGGCGGUGGGCAAGUUCAAAGCUAAUUGGGAAGGCCCGUUUAUCAUCACAGAGGACUAA